AUGGUUAAUCGAUCAUCGACAAAACGUCGACAUGAAUCCGUCUCAAGUAGUGAAGAUGAAUCAGCAGCAGAAUAUCAAGUGGAAGCUAUUCUUGAUAAACGAAUUCGAGGAAAGAAAACAGAAUACUUCCUUAAAUGGAAAGGUUAUUCAAAUGAAGAUAAUACGUGGGAAGAUGAAAAUCAUUUGAAUUGUCCAGAUUUGGUUAAAAAAUUUGAAAGCAGUAUAAAAAAGAAAAAACAUGAACGAAAAUCAUGUUCAAACAACGAAUCAAAAUUAGAAAAUAAUAAAGUAUCGAAAAAACGAAAAAAUACAAGUAUGCAGAAUUGUAAUGAAGAUCAUCAAAAUGAUAAUUAUCAAUCAGCACCUACAGAAAUUAGUAUUGAUUCAAAUAUGAAUGAAGAUGAUGGUGUUGAUCGAAUUGUUACACGUAAUAGUAAACGUAACAAAACUUCCUUGUCUACAUCAGGUCGCCGUCAUUCAAACCGAAAGGUUGUUCAACAAGCAAAACUCCGUAUUACUUCAAUGUCCAACAAUCAAAGUUUAACGGAGGAUGAUAUUAAUGAAGUAGAAUCGUCAACAAAUGAAUCAGUAAAGAAAACUUGUCAAAUACAAAAUACAAUUGAUGAUCACUUGAUCACAACUAUUGAUGAUGAUGAUAUUAACGUUAAUAAUAAUAGUAUUGAAUUUCCAGAGCAAAAUUCAAUAAACGAAGAUAAUAUUAACGAAUCAACAACAACAACAACAAGUAUUGUUCUUCGUAUUACACCAAAUUCAACUUCAUCGAUAUCUAUAACACGAAAUGAUACUGAUAAUAGUGAUAUGAAUGAAAAGAUCUCUGCUGGCAAUCAUUCAAAUAGUCAAGAUGUAUCUGAAAUAAUUGAUGAAACAGAUCAAGUAGAAAAAGUUGAAGCUGUACGAAAUAAUCAAGAUGGAAUUUCAUUUCGUGUUAAAUUAGUUAAUGAAAACCAAACCCAAUGGAUUUCAUCGAAAAUUGCUAAUCUAAAAUAUCCUCAAGCUAUUAUUUCUUUUUGGGAAAGUCAUGUUGAAUUUACAUAA